GCAAGUGUUGAAUGACUAUCUAAUAACGAUUUGUCUGUUCAUCUUAGGUUUGUAACCAAGUUACUGGAAGAUCUCAUUUUCUUUGUUGCUGAUGUGCCUAAUAAUGGGCAGGAAGUUUUGGAUGUUGUCAUUACCAAGCCAAACCGGGAACGACAAAAAUUAAUGAGGGAGCAAAAUAUAUUGGCUCAGAUAUUUGGCAUCCUCAAAGCUCCUUUUAAGGACAAAGGUGAAGGAUCGAUGCUGAGACUUGAAGACCUGGGUGACCAGAGAUAUGCCCCAUACAAAUACAUGUUAAGGUUAUGCUACAGAGUUCUCAGACAUUCCCAACAGGACUAUAGGAAGAACCAGGAAUAUAUUGCUAAGAACUUCUGCGUCAUGCAGUCCCAGAUUGGUUAUGAUAUUCUGGCAGAAGACACCAUCACAGCUUUGUUGCACAACAACAGAAAACUGUUAGAGAAACACAUCACAGCUAAAGAAAUAGAGACGUUUGUUAAUUUACUCAGGAGAAAUCGAGAGCCAAGAUUCUUGGAUUAUCUAUCGGACCUGUGUGUGUCUAACACCACAGCAAUACCAGUAACUCAGGAACUCAUCUGCAAGUUUAUGCUGAGCCCAGGGAAUGCUGACAUUCUCAUUCAGACCAAGCUGGUUUCGACACAAAUGGACAAUCCUUUGGAAUGCCCUGUCAUCUCGGAUGACAUUGAUGAAGAGGAAGUGUGGCUUUACUGGAUUGACAGUAACAAGGAGCCUCAUGGCAAAGCUAUCAGGCAUCUGGCUCAGGAGGCAAAGGAGGGCACAAAAGCUGAUUUAGAAGUUCUUACCUACUACAGGUACCAACUGAACCUCUUUGCAAGAAUGUGUCUGGACCGCCAGUAUCUUGCCAUCAACCAGAUUUCUGCACAGCUGUCGGUAGACUUGAUCCUACGAUGUAUGUCUGAUGAAAGCCUCCCUUAUGACCUCCGGGCUUCUUUUUGUCGGCUGAUGCUACACAUGCAUGUGGACAGAGAUCCUCAGGAAUCUGUAGUUCCUGUCAGAUAUGCCAGAUUGUGGACUGAAAUUCCUACGAAGAUCACAAUUCAUGAGUAUGAUUCUUUCACAGACUCUUCAAGGAAUGAAAUGAAGAGAAAAUUUGCGCUAACUAUGGAAUUUGUAGAAGAGUACUUGAAAGAAGUUGUAAAUCAACCUUUUCCUUUUGGAGACAAAGAGAAAAAUAAACUUACAUUUGAGGUGGUACACCUGGCUCGAAACCUCAUAUACUUUGGCUUUUACAGUUUUAGUGAGCUUCUCAGGCUGACCCGGACAUUGCUGGCAAUUCUAGAUAUUGUUCAAGUUCCUAUAUCAUCAUACUUCGAAAAGUUGAGCAAGUUUCAGGAUGGAGGAAACAAUGUUAUGAGGACCAUCCAUGGUGUAGGAGAGAUGAUGACACAAAUGGUGCUGAGCAGAGGAUCUAUAUUUCCCAUCAGUGCCCCUGAUGUACAGCCAAGCAUUCACCCAAGCAAGCAAGCCAGCACCUCAGACAGUGAAGAUGUGAUCGUAAUGGACACCAAAUUGAAAAUCAUUGAGAUUUUGCAGUUUAUUCUCAGUGUUAGACUGGACUAUAGAAUAUCCUACAUGCUUUCCAUCUAUAAGAGAGAGUUUGGGGAAAACAAUGAAAAUGUUGAUUGCUCUACAGCAUCCCCGCCUGACACACCAGGGAUUACCUCAGCAGUGGUUCCUGACAUAGAUGAAAUUGCAGCUCAGGCUGAAACCAUGUUUGCUGGCAGAAAGGAGAAGAAUGCAGUUCAACUUGAUGAUGAAGGGGGCAGAACUUUUUUACGGGUCCUCAUUCACCUCAUCAUGCAUGACUACCCUCCUUUGCUCUCAGGUGCUCUGCACCUGCUAUUUAAGCACUUCAGCCAGAGAGCAGAAGUUCUGCAAGCAUUUAAACAGGUUCAGUUGCUGGUGUCUAAUCAAGAUGUUGAUAACUACAAGCAAAUCAAGGCUGAUCUUGAUCAGCUACGUCUGACUGUAGAAAAAUCAGAAUUGUGGGUUGAGAAGAGCAGCAAUUAUGAGAGUGGAGAGGUGGGCGAUAAUCAAACCAAAGGAGGAGAAGAGCCAAUAGAGGAGUCAAAUAUUUUGAGUCCAAUACAGGAUGGGACCAAAAAACCCCAGAUAGACAGCAAUAAAAGCAAUAACUACAAUAUUGUUAAAGAGAUUUUGAUUCGACUCAGCAAACUUUGUGUUCAGAAUAAAAAAUGUCGAAAUCAACAGCAGCGACUGCUGAAGAAUAUGGGCGCCCACUUGGUAGUCUUGGACCUUCUGCAGAUACCCUAUGAAAAGAGCGAUGAAAAGAUGAAUGAAGUUAUGAAUCUAGCCCACACUUUUCUUCAGAAUUUCUGUCGAGGAAAUCCUCAGAAUCAAGUUCUCCUCCACAAAAAUCUCAACUUGUUCUUAACUCCAGGGCUCCUGGAAGCUGAAACCAUGCGGCACAUCUUCAUGAAUAAUUACCUUCUGUGUAAUGAAAUCAGUGAAAGAGUGGUGCAGCACUUUGUACACUGCAUUGAGACCCAUGGCCGUCAUGUGGAAUACCUGCGUUUCCUGCAGACUAUUGUGAAAGCAGAUGGUAAAUAUGUGAAAAAAUGCCAGGACAUGGUAAUGACAGAGUUGAUAAACGGCGGUGAAGAUGUGUUGAUAUUCUACAACGACAGAGCAUCAUUUCCAGUGCUACUCCAAAUGAUGUGUUCAGAGCGAGAUCGAGCAGAUGAGAGUGGACCCUUAGCGUAUCACAUCACUCUAGUGGAAUUGCUAGCGGCUUGUACAGAAGGAAAGAAUGUAUACACAGAGAUCAAGUGCAAUUCACUCCUGCCACUGGAUGAUAUAGUGAGAGUAGUGACCCAUGAUGACUGCAUACCUGAGGUGAAAAUUGCCUAUGUUAAUUUUGUUAACCACUGUUACGUGGACACUGAAGUGGAAAUGAAAGAAAUCUAUGCCAGUAACCAUAUUUGGAAGUUAUUUGAGAACUUCCUUGUUGAUAUGGCAAGGGUUUGUAACACAACCACGGAUCGUAAACAUGCAGACACAUCUCUGGAGAAAUAUGUCACUGAGCCUGUAAUGAACAUUGUGAGUGGUUUCUUCAAUUCACCCUUUUCAGAUAAUAGCACCAGCCUUCAGACACACCAGCCUGUUUUUAUUCAGCUGCUGCAGUCUGCUUUUAGAAUUUACAACUGUACUUGGCCAAACCCAACGCAGAAAGCCUCAGUGGAGUCAUGUAUCAAGACUUUGGCUGAAGUGGCAAAGAACCGUGGGAUUGCAAUUCCAGUGGAUUUGGACAGCCAGGUCAACACCUUGUUCAUGAAGAGUCACUCUAACAUGGUACAGAGGGCAGCCAUGGGGUGGAGAAUGUCAGCCCGCAGUGGACCUCGUUUUAAAGAAGCUCUUGGUGGGCCUGCCUGGGAUUACAGGAAUAUAAUAGAAAAACUACAGGACGUAGUGUCCUCCUUGGAGCAGCAGUUCACUCCCAUGAUGCAAGCUGAAUUCUCGGUGCUAGUUGAUGUGCUGCACAGUCCAGAACUUCUUUUUCCUGAGGGGAGUGACGCCAGAAUAAGAUGUGGUGCUUUCAUGUCCAAGUUGAUUAAUCACACAAAGAAGCUAAUGGAGAAAGAAGAAAAGCUCUGCAUUAAAAUUCUUCAGACAUUACGAGAAAUGCUUGACAAGAAAACUAACUUUGCGGAAGAG